AUGUUUGUGCGGCUGCAGAGGAAGCUGCAGACUCAGCUGCUGUCUGCUCUCAGGAGCACACGGGCGCCAUUGAGGCUCAAGCUGCAGGCCCGCGCCUGUGCAGCGGGCUCCUCAGCUCUCCACUUGCACAGCGACCACCUCGUGGUCAGCUAUGAGGGCACCCGGAUGCGACUGAACUUCGUGUGGCUGCGGGACCACUGCCGCUCAGCCUCGUCCUACAACUCCAAAACCAACCAGAGGAACCUGGACACCGGCAGCAUAGAGCUCAACAUCCGCCCUGUCACUACAGCAGUGGAGGGGGGGCACCUCGUCCUCACGUGGCUUGAUGGUCAUGUGUCCAAGUACAGCCUGAGCUGGUUAGCUCAGAACAGCUAUGAGAGGAAAAAGCAGAGAACUGUCCAGCCUCGCAUCCUUUGGAACUCGGACAUCUACAAAAACAAAAACGUACCAUCAGCCAAGUGGGAGAGAUUUAUGAGCUGUGAUGACGAACUGAAGAAGUUUCUUCAGAACUAUCUUCUGUACGGGAUCGCGUUUGUUGAUGAUGUCCCAGCCACAGUGGAGGCCACGGAGGCGGUUUCCAAGAGGGUCAGUCUUAUCAGAGAGACCACGUAUGGUGGAAUGUGGAGCUUUACUUCCGACCAUUCCAGAGGAGACAGCGCCUACAGCCAGCUGGCCCUGGAUCGCCACACUGACACCUCCUACUUUCAGGAGCCAUGCGGAAUACAGGUUUUCCACUGCCUAAAGCACGAGGGCACUGGGGGAAGGACACUACUUGUAGAUGGGUUUUACGCUGCAGAGAAAUUACGGCAGCGGUCGCCUGAAAACUUUGAGCUGCUUUCCCGUGUGCCUAUCGGACACGACUACAUUGAAAACACUGACACCCACCGAAACCACAUGAACGGCAUCGGCCCUGUGCUAAACGUCUAUCCUUGGAACGAUGAACUUUACCUGAUCAGAUACAACAACUAUGACCGAUCGGUGAUUAACACAGUCCCCCAUGAGGUUGUCCAGAAGUGGUAUGCAGCACAUCGAGAGUUGACAACAGAACUAAGGCGGCCAGAGAACGAGCUGUGGGUCAAACUGACUCCAGGGAAAGUGGUUUUCAUAGACAACUGGCGAGUCAUGCAUGGGAGGGAGUCGUUCACCGGCUUGAGGCAGCUGUGUGGGUGUUAUCUGACCAGGGAUGACGUCCUCAGUGCAGCACGUGGCUUCGACCUGCAGGCCUGAUCCUGGACAUGAUCGUUGCUUCCAUUCUGUGCCUUAUUGUUCUGCUUUUUUAAUAUACGAUUACUCAGGUCGGCACUUCAGAACAAUCACAACAGCCUAUUUCUGUCCCAUUGGGCAAAGGGAUAUUAUAUGUAAGGUCACGCACAUUUUGUGCAGGAAUUAGGAAAGACCCUGAGAAGAGCCCAUUCAGUUUCAAUUCAGAUUCCUUUAUGUAUCCCAAAGGAAAUAAAUCGGCCCGACACGUAUGAGAGUGAAAUUUAGUGCAGGUCCAAAUAAAAAGCCAGAUCUAGUGAAUUUAAAUGUUUUAUAAGGGGAUUGUUGGGCCUUGAUGGAGGUUUGCACUCUACUGAUUUAUCUCUCAUAUUUUUCAGUCACCUAAUCAUCAUCUAAUUUCCACAAUACUGGUGUGUUAUGAUA